ACCGUCGUUGCGUGCGGAGGUGCGUUGCGCGAGCUCCCAUUCAUAGCGUAAAGUGUUUUGUGUAGAGUAAAGUAUUCCGAAACCGAGUGAGUGUGUGUGUAUGCGCGCCCGCGUGCGUGUGUGUGUGUUUCUAAGUGCAUCCAGCGUGCGUGUUGCAUUUUCGCGACAUCCUUGGGAGGCAACAGAAAAGCAAGAUCAACCUCAUCCGGCCCGGGCGCAAUACGCGACAGAGCCCCACACGCAAAAGGAGGAAGCGCGGCGAAUGAAAAUUGCCGUGUCCAGCAGCCGGGGCGCUGGUGGGUGUGCCGGGAGAGGUGUGUGUGUGUGCGAGGUGGUGAGAAGAGAUAAGGCUGCGAGAAGGCAAACAAAUAAAUAAAAAUAAUAAAAUAAGCUAGUGGCCAAACGACGCGAGCGCCGCCGCCAGCGCGAGGAGGAAAGCGUGAAAAGAAGGAGCGCGGAGAAAAGCAAGAAAAGCGACCGAAGAAGAAGAAGAAAAAUAGAAGGCGCGAAUCGAGAGAAAAGAAAGAUGGCUCGCCAAAAUUAUGCCGCACUCGGUUGCCUCACGCGCACCGGCGGCUGCUGCUGCUGCUGCGGUGUGCGAUCGAGCUGAUCGCGCUGUCUACCGUUCUCAGUCGCACAAUUCGCGCGCUCUCUCUCUUACUCUCACGGGAGACACGCACUAAGCGCGCGGAAUAUGCAGAUUACGCUGGCGAAUGCGCACCACCGCGAAUGAGCCCGGGGCUGGCGUGAGAUGAUGGCGCACCGUGAGCCAAGUGAGCGAUGGUGAGCCACGCGUGAUCGCUCAGCGUGAGAAAGAGCUCGCCCCAACGGAAAAGGCGAUAUUGUGUAGCCGUAAGGUGUGGUGGGGGAAAGGGUGUACGUGGGAGUGUGUGUCCCCUGGUGUGGAAAAGCGAAAAGAAGAAGAGGCAACCGAAAAAAAAAAACCGCGAGUAUGGAUGCAGUGCGGGGGAGCGCGUGAGAGCGUGAAGCGAGAAACGAGGAUAGAAAGCGCGCGAGUGCGCGCUAUAGCGAGAAGCGAGUGGCCGCGGUGGUUCGUGAGCAGUGUGUGAGCACGUGAGCGUGAGCCUACGCCACGGUGAGUGAGUGAGCUGAAUUGUGGAGUGCAAAUAAGCGGGGGUUUUUGGUGAUCGAAUUUCGGAGGGCGCGUGCAGUGAGCGUGCGUGCGUGCGUGCGCGAGGCCGCGUGUGUUGGGAGUGUUGCGCAGUUGUGUUAGUGCAUGUGCGUGUGCGCGUUGUUUUUGCAACCCCCUGCCGGCGUUGUGUUUGGGGUGAGCAAAAAAAAAAGUGGGCCUCACGUAGUGAGAGAAGCCUAGCGAAAGUGAGCUCGUGCGUGCACGCAGGUUUAUAAGCGUGCGUUGGGUUACGUGUGUGUUUACGUGAGUGUGUGCGUGCGUGCGUGCGUGCGUUAGGAAGCAAACAUGACGGAAUACGUGCCACCGCACGUCAUCUCGGUGCUGAAAACGUACCAGGACAAAGCACCCCGCAGCCUGCACGGACCCGGCCUUUCACUGGUACACCCCAGCAAGGCAGGUGCGAUCGUUGUCGGUCGCUCAGAGACACCGGAUCUCCCACAUGCCAGUGGCGCUUCCGGUGGAGGCGCCCAACAACAUGGCGCCCAUCAUCACGAGCAUGGCCGUGACGAGGACGGUGCUGGUGUUGUUCAAUCACAACCACCAACGAGACAACAGCAGCAACCCCUUGGACCACCGGUACCAGGUGUACCGAUCAUGACCACACCCGAUCCAGACUGCGGGAUCGUACAGAUGACGGUGCUGGAAGGCAAACGCAUCGGGUGCUUCCUGUUGGGUGGCGAAACGCGCCUCUGCCUGCCACAAAUCUUCAACAACAUCCUGAUGGACUUCAGCGUGGAGCAGAUCAACCGCAGCAUUCAGGAGCUAAUGAUCUACCUGUACAACUGCACCGACCAGCAGCUGCAGGAGUUCAAGCGCGCCAACAUCAUCCCGGACACGGCCAAAACCUGCGGGUUGAUAACGCGCACAAACGCGGAACGGCUCUGCAGCUCGUUGCUUCACCAAGCGCACGAGUUGCGCCCCCGGCUGAAGGGUGGCGGUGGGGGUGGUGUCAUGAACGGGUCCUUCCGGGUGUACCACAGGUGCUUCGGGAAGGGUGAAGGUUUGUUCCUGCCCGAGCUGUACAGCUUCGAGGAGCCAACGUGCAUCGAGUGUGCCGAGUGCCGGGGGUUGUUCUCGCCGCAAAAGUUCGUGUGCCAUCAGCACGAACCGCAGGAGAUUCGCACGUGUCAUUGGGGGUUUAAUUCGAGCAACUGGCGCUCGUACAUCCACGUGGCGGAGGCUGAGAAAAAUCGGGACGAGCAUGCGCUCGUGCUGGAUAAGAUCUGGCAGAAGGAGCGCGAGUUCGAGCAGGAGCUGGAAUGCGAGCGGGCUUUCUGGAUCGCGAGACGAAAGGUUUACUUCUCUUCCUCGGUGUUGUGA